ACACAGCUCCUAUCCUCUGCUCUCUUUAAGGCAGCUCGUCAGCGCGUGUGCAGCUAGCUGGCUUUGCUCAGUGAGCGGUUAUAAGCAGUCAUGGCGGAGCCGGUGGUCGCGAUGUGCGAGCAGCUCGUGAAGGCUGUGACCGUCAUGAUGGACGCGGAGUCCAGUCAGCGGUAUCGCCUCGAGGCUCUAAAGUUUUGCGAGGAAUUUAAAGAAAAAUGCCCGUACUGUAUACCAUGUGGCCUUCAGUUAGCAGACAAAUCCCAGACAGCAGUGGUGAGACAUUUUGGACUCCAAAUACUGGAACAUGUUAUAAAGUUUCAAUGGAACAACAUGCCACAGCAAGAGAAAGUCCACUUGAAAGAUUGCACCAUGGAGAUGCUGACCAGUGGAACGUAUCCCAUCUUGGAGGAGGAGAGCCAUAUUAAGGAUGCUCUUUCGAGGAUUGUGGUGGAGAUGAUUAAGAGAGAGUGGCCUCAGCAGUGGCCAGACAUGCUGAAAGAGAUGGAAACGCUCACAACGUUCGGGGAGACGCAGACGGAGCUGGUGAUGUUGAUCCUGCUGCGGCUGGCCGAGGACGUGAUCACGUUUCAGACUCUGCCCCAGCAGCGCCGGAGAGACAUCCAGCACACGCUAACACUGAACAUGGACAGCAUCUUCAGCUUCCUCCUGACCAUUCUGCAGCAGCAUGUCGAUGAGUACAGGAAGCUGAAAAUAAUCCCAGGACAGGAGUUAAAGGCCAAAGCUCAUUGUCGGGUUGCCGUGACGACCUUAAACACUCUGGCCGGGUACAUAGACUGGGUUGCACUGGUCCACAUCACAAACAACAACUGCCGUUUACUAGAGAUUUUGUGCUUGCUCCUGAGUGAAUUAGAGCUUCAGCUGGAGGCUGCUGAGUGCCUGCUUAUUGCAAUCAGCAGGAAGGGAAAACUAGAGGACAGAAAGCCCCUCAUGGUGCUGUUUGAUGACGUGGCCAUACACUACAUUCUAUCGGCUGCUCAAUCAGUGGACGUGGGGCUAAGCGAGACGAGAUACACCUUCCUAAAGAGAUUAUGUCAGGUUCUGUGUGCUCUAGGCAGUCAGCUCUGUGCUCUAGUGGGCUCACCAGUGGAAAUGGAGGUUCCUGCUAACCUGAGUAAAUACUUGGAAGCAUUCCUGGCCUUCACGACUCACCCUAGUCAGUUUCUUAGAUCUUGCACUCAGACCACCUGGGGUAACAUGUUCAGACAUGAGCUUUUAUCUAAGGAGCCUGUGCUCAUCCAGAUGGCUGUUAAAUAUUUAAACGCAACCAUGACCAACCUUGUAAAGUCAGGAUUCCCAUCGAAGAACGACAGCACGGCUUCUGAGUACUCCCGCGUGGACUUCGACAGCGACGAGGACUUCAAUGCUUUCUUUCAUUCUUUUCGGGCCCAGCAGGGUGACGUCAUCCGUAGUUCGUGUAAGAUCGCCCCUCUUGAAGCCUUCCAGAUUGCUGGGGAAUGGUUACGAUAUCAGCUCAACUCACCCCUCAGCGCCGGAAGUGCUCUGUCUAAAGCAGGAGAAGGGACGUAUUCGGCAUUUUCGCCCGCGGUGGCACAGUGGGAAGCCAUGACCUUUUUCACAGAGAGUGUGAUGGGACAGCUUUUUAAAGUCCUGGAAAAGGAGAAGCUGCCUGUUGACCAAGGCAUGGAGCUGCUGCAUGCUGUCGUGAACUACGAGACAAGGGAUCCCGUCAUCCUGUCCUGCAUCCUCACCAACCUGUCCACUCUCUUCCCCUUUGUCUUGCAUCGCCCUGAAGUUCUACCUCAAGUCUUCUUUAAGCUGUUUCCUGCUAUCACAUUUGAACUGGUUGAAGAAAGCAAGGCUCCUCGAACCCGAGCGGUGAAGAACGUCAGAAGGCACGCCUGUUCAUCCAUCAUAAAGAUGUGUCGAGAUUAUCCGGAGUUUAUUCUGCCAUGCUUUGACAUGCUCUACACUAGAGUGAAGGAGCUGUUCACCAAUGAGCUGCUACUGACUCAGAUGGAGAAGUGUGCCCUCAUGGAGGCUCUGGUGCUGAUCAGCAACCAGUUUAAAGACUAUAACAAGCAGAAGGCCUUCUUAGAUGAGCUCAUGUCUCCCGUAACGACUCGCUGGCUUUCGGAGGAGAUGCGCAGUGUACUAUCAGAUCCAGCAAGCUUCAUCAAGUUUAUCGGUGCUGAUCAGGUCAACACCGAACCCGGCGCUGAGGAUCAGAUGGGAAUCAACAGAUCAAGGAUUAGUUUCUGCGUGUACACCAUCCUGGGCGUGGUAAAGCGAGCACGCUGGCCUGCAGACGUGGACGAAGCCGAAGCCGGGGGUUUCGUAGUGGGUUACUCUCCUGCCGGAGCCCCGAUCUACAGAAAUCCUUCCACAGAGCCACUGCUGACCCUCCUUCCAAAUCUGCUCACCCUCAUCAGGACCCAUAACAGCUUAUUUCUACCGGAGAAUCUCUCUCGGCUCAGUGAGACCUUCAGCCGGGCGUAUGAUGUCAUGGACGUGGAGAAGAAUCUCAUUUUAGGAAUCUCCCAGCCGGUGCUGGACGUGUAUGACUCCCCAGUGUACAAAAGCGCACUAGAGCGGCUACAAGGCUUCUUCUGCACACUCUAUGACAACUGCUACCACGUGCUAGGGCAUGCUGGCCCGGCCUUGCUUCAGGACUUUUAUACGAUAGAGGGGUUAGCUGAGCAGAUGGUCAGCUCUGCACUCAUCCACCUCGAACACGUUCCUGACCAUAGGCUUCGGCCUUUGCUUCGGGUCUUCAUGAAACCGCUGGUCACUUCCUGUCCUCCAGAAUACUACGAGAGUCUUCUCUGUCCGCUGCUCGGCCUCCUGUUUUCCCACCUGCUGCAGAGACUAAAUCUUCGGUGGCAGAUCAUCAACCAGAGGACGAGCGUGUGUGGUCCAGAUGAUGACGAGGCUUAUGAGGAGAAUCAGGUAUCUCAAGAGAUGCUGGAAGAUCGGUUAGUGCGCUUGGCCACACGAGAGGUCAUGGAUCUCCUCUCUGUGUCAUGCAUAUCAAGAAAGCUGCCUGAAUCAGCGGCAAACAGAGAGGAUGCAGAUGGGGAUGAGGAAAUGAUGACCACUGAUUCGUCUCAGCUGAACGCCUCACAUACGUCAGAUGAGCUGACAGAACUGGGAAAGUGUCUCCUUAAACAUGAGGACAUCUACAUGAAUCUACUAGCCAUCUCGUUUAACUCCCUGUCAUGGAGAGACACUACUAACUGUCAGCGGGCCGCUACUCUGAUCUGCUGGACCUUGCUGAGACAGGUGGUGGGCGCGAACUUGCUCCCAGAUGCCGUGACUUGGCUGUACACCAGAGUGCUAAGCGGCCUGCAGAUGCACGGACAGCAUGAAGGCUGCAACGCCGCGCUAACGCAGCUCGCCCUGCUAAUCUAUGAUGCCCUGCGGCCUCAAUACGCAGAGCUGCGUUCCAUCAUGAACCAGAUCCCCAACAUCCAACCCGACCUGCUGGAACAGUUCGACCAGAAAACCAUCAACCCUGCAUCGCAGAAAGUGGGUGAAAAGAAGAGAAAAGACCAGUUCAAAAAGCUCAUCGCCGGAGCCGUCGGGAAACCUCUCGGGCAGCAAUUUAAGAAGGAGGUCCACAUCCGGAACCUUCCCUCGCUCUUUAAGAAGGUCAAGCCUAACAAAGACAUUGUGGUAAACAGCGAGAAUGCUGGAUUGGUCGCUCUCUUUUCACCCGAAAAUGAUGAUCAUUAGCUGUUUUUUUUUUUUUGUUUUUUUUUGUCUUUUUAUUAAACAAACAUUUUCUUACAUCAGGUUUAACCAUCUGAGUGAUACAAGAGCUUUUUUUUUAGGUAGACCAAAUUAUGGUGAACAACAUAUGAAUUGAAGGUGUGAAAAUAAAAAUAAAAAAAUUAUGCCAAAUCUUUUCAGAAAUGAAUGUAAAGCAGAUAUUUAGUGUUUUCUUCAACAUGAACUGAUGACAUGGAUAAGUUCAAAAGCAACAUUCCAUCAUCUUCAUUCAGUUAGUUGAUGAUUUUUUUUUUUUAAUACAACUUUAUUGAAACACUAAUUGCAAUUACUUGUUUGUGUACAGGAGGAAGUAUGUAAAGUGUUGUGAUUGUUUCUAUUUUGAUGUUUUUAAUAAAUGUAGAUUUACGGUUCCACUA